UUUUUCUGCAAAAUAAUUCUUCUUCUUCUUCUUCCCUUCUUCUUCUUCUUCUUCGCAAAAAUACCUUCAAUUUUUCUUCUAACUCUUCUUUACAUGCAACAAUAAUAAUAACAAAAAAAAAAAAAAAAUCUGAAAUUACUAAUGAUGGAUAUUUUUUUGGACCUUAAUGUGGAUCCUAAUUCUUCUUAUGCUAAUUCUACUAUGGAUGAGGCUCAUCAUUCUUCAAAAAGAGAUCAAUUUGAUGGAGAAAUCUAUGGUGUUCAAGAAAAACUCUCACUGAGCUUGUCAAAUAAGGGAAGCGACUCGAGCCCGAUGUUAGAACAGGAGUUGGAUAGAAAAAUCCAAGAGAACGGGAAGCUAAGUCAGAUGUUAAGAAUAAUGUAUGAGAAAUACAUUAAUCUUCAGAAACAAGUGAUGUAUUUGUUAAGCAACCAAAAGCAAAACACAGAAAUGGAAGGGGUUUGUUCAAGGAAGAGAAAGGCAGAAGGAGACCAAGAAGAUUAUGAGAAUUUAGAAGGAAUUUGCAGCACAAGAGAUGAAGAUUUUAACAGGUGGCUUAAGAGGCCAAGAUUAAAUGGAAAUUCAAAGGUUUCUAAAGUUUUUGUGCAAAAAGAUGCAUCAGAUCCAAGCUUGGUUGUGAAAGAUGGGUAUCAAUGGAGGAAGUAUGGGCAAAAGGUUACAAGAGACAAUCCUUCUCCAAGAGCUUACUUCAAAUGCUCCUCUGCACCAAAUUGUCCUGUCAAAAAGAAGGUGCAAAGAAGUUUGGAAGAUCCAACAAUUUUGGUGGCAACUUACGAAGGAGAACACAGCCAUGCUAGCCAUUUCCAAACUGAGCUUUCUUUAAGGUCAAUCAAUGGCGGCAAAGGCAGCGCAGUCCCGGUCUUAGCGACGAUCAAGCCGUCAUGUGCCACCGUGACCCUCGAUUUGAUCCACGAAGACGGGCUGUUUAAGAGUCCGAAAGAUUACGCGUCAUCGGAGUCGGCCGAGGCAGCGGUUUGGCAGGAGUUUUUGGUACAACAAAUGGCCUCUUCUUUAAAGAAGGAUCCUGAAUUUGCUGGCAUUGUUGCUGGUGCCAUUUCAGGCAAAGUUUUGGGAAACCAAACAAACAGAGAAUAAACCCUAAAAUCAAAACCCUAAAAAACCCUAAAAGGCUUUGUGUUCUACAUUUUCUUUAAUUUCUUUUAAAGUACAAUCUCUAGAUUUUUGUGAAUAUUUGUUUGUUUGGAUAAUUAGAGACAACUUUAAUUGGCUGGGUUACAUAAA